AUCGAGAAUAUUUCAUGACAUGCGCAGUAGGAAAACAAAACCAAACUCCAAAGCUGGUUUAGCAAAAGUUUAGCUCUACUGCAUCUUCUUCUUGGCAUAAAAUAGAAGCUUUCGCUAUGGUUGUGAAACGAUUUUAAACUUCUGACCAAGUAGAACGGUGAAGACCUUCAUGUUGAGCUUGGAUAUCAAGGUGGAAUUAAAUAUUGUCCCCCAGAUGUCUAUAUUGGAAAUUGAAAGGUGAAAAUAUUUAUGACCAAGAUAAAAUAGGAUUAUACUGAGACAAAAUGACUGUGUCUGUACGAGGUGGAGUUCCACUUGAUCAAACUCCACCAACUGAUGGUACGAACCAGGAGGGAGAACAACAGGCAGGUGAGGGUGAAAGUUCAGAGGCAACACAAGAAAUAGCUGAAGAGGAAAAUGAAGAAAGUGAAGUUUUGGUGGAUGAAAAUGGGGAUGUUGUAUUUCCUGCGGAAGAACUUGCUAAGUUGGAUGAAAUGAUUACACGUCAAAAAUGGGUUGUACCUGUAUUACCAAAAUGUGAACUAGAAGUGUUAUUAAGAGCAUCCAUAAAACUUUGUCGAGCAGGUCUUGAUACAAAAAGUGAGCCUUGCCAAAGAUUUUUCAGAGAAGGCUUGAAUAUGUCCUUCCAGAAAAUUUUAAAUGAUGAUGCCGUUCACAGUUGGAAAUAUGAAAUUCAGAAAUGUAUAUAUGAUUCAACAAAACUACUAAUAGAACUUUGUGUAACAAAACUUACUCAAGAUUGGUUUGUUUUAUUGGAUAUGUUAGCUCUGGCACUAAAUCCUCAUUGUCGGUUUCAUAUCUAUAAUGCAGGGAGGGGAGCUUCAAAUUAUGGCCAAGGGGCACAGAGUGAAGUUGAAAUAUUUGCAGCUCCAAGAACAUCAAAGGGAUGGCUCAUUGAUUUUGUAAAUCACUUUGGUAUGUUGGGAGGUUUCAAGUUGCUGCAAGAACGUAUUUGUGAAGGUGGAUCGUUAUCUGUCUCACUGCUUGCUGCCCUGAUUAGGCCUUUUGGUCAAUGUGCUCAAGUUCUUUGCCCUGGAACAGUAAAGAAGUAUUUUCUACCUGUCAUUGAAUGUGUACAAAAGUUCCUGGAUAAUUUAACGAAUGAGGAACUGAAAAAGGAAACGAAGAAUGAGUCAAAAAGCGAUUCACUAUCGUCAAUCAUCAAGGCAUUAAAGUCAUUAGCCGCGAAACUUCCAAAAGAAGAAGACGUGGGAAAAGAUUUAGAAACGUUUAGAUUGAAAAUGAUUUUUAGAUUAUUACAAGUAUCUUCUUUCAAUGGAAAAAUGAAUGCUCUAAAUGAGAUAAAUAAAGUCAUAUCGAGCGUAUCAUACUAUUCUCAGCGACAUAUGGAUGAUGAAGAAUGGCUUACAGCUGACAAAAUGGCCGAGUGGAUACAUGAAAACGACGUACUUUCAAUAGUACUAAAAGAUAAUCUUCAUCAGCCUCAAUAUGUUGAAAAACUUGAAAAAAUUAUCAGAUUUGUGAUCAAGGAAAAAGCUUUAACACUGAAAGACCUCGACAACAUCUGGAGUGCUCAGGCUGGUAAACAUGAUGUUAUCGUAAAGAAUAUCCAUGACCUGCUUGCGAAAUUAGCCUGGGAUUUUUCUGCUGAACAGUUAGAUCAUUUGUUUGAGUGCUUUCAGGAAAGUUGGACAAACGCAAGCAAAAAACAGCGGGAAAAAUUGCUCGAACUGAUUCGAAGAUUAGCUGAAGAUGACAAAGAAGGUGUAAUGGCACAUAAGGUUCUUGGUUUGUUGUGGAAUUUGGCUCACAAGGAUGAUGUCCCAACAGAUAUAAUGGACCAAGCUUUAAACGCACACAUCAAAAUUCUUGACUAUAGUUGUUCUCAGGAUCGAGACUCGCAGAAGACACAGUGGAUUAACAAAUGUGUUGAAGAGCUGCGUAAUGAUACCUGGGUGUUACCUGCUAUCAAACAAAUUCGAGAAAUAUGCUGUCUGUUUUAUGAGGCUCCUCAGAAUUAUUCACAUACUCAAAAGAAUCCACAUGUGUUUUAUCGUCAUGAAGUACUGAACGAUUUACAAACCCAACACCGGUUAAUAUCAGUAAUGGCAGAAAAUUUAAAGAGUUACAUGUCCAAAGUCAGAAAUCUUGAACUGGAUAAAACAUCAGAUCCCAAUGAUUUGUCACUAGAUGGCAGAUAUUCUCAUGUGCAACAAGUACAGAAACGCCUUAGUUUUCUUAGGUUUAUCCUUAAAGACGGACAGCUUUGGUUGUGCGCGCCAGAAGCUAAAAUUAUUUGGGAAGCCUUAGCUGAGAGUUCUGUCUUUCCCAGUGACAGAGAAGCUUGUUUUAAAUGGUUUUCAAAGCUUAUGGGCGAAGAGCAAGAUUUAAAUCCAGAAAUUAGUGGGAUGUUUUUUCAAAGCAAGGUCUUGAAAAUGGACCAAAGUUGCUUGACAGAAAAUGGAAUGGAAUGUUUUGAACGAUUUUUUCAAAAAGUGAAUGUCAAGGAAGGAAAAUUUGUUAGUAAACGUCGUAUGUUAGUUAUGGAUGAUCUUGAUUUAAUUGGAAUUGACUAUCUGUGGGAGAUUGCCCUCAAGGGGUCGGAGAGGAUUGUGGGAAGAGCUGUAAAUUUAUUGAAGCAAAGUUAUACAAACCUUGGUCCGAGGCUACGAGCGAAUCAGGUGGAUAUUCACGAAAAGAUAAUUCAAAAAUGUAUGCAUCACCUACAGCCGUCCUUUGAAGUUCUCCAACAAGAAUCAGCAGAUAAGAAAAACACUAAAAAUAAAGCGAACGACUCCAAAAUCCGUGAAGCGGCGUUGCGCAUUGUCAGGUGUUUGACUGUUUUGAGAGAAUAUAUCGCUGAAUGUGAUGAUGAUUAUGGUGAAGAGAGGUUAAUUUUACCACACGGUAGAGCAUACUAUGGAAAACAUAUUACAUUGAUUAUACGAACUGUGGCACAAGGAAGACAAACAGAGGAUUUUGAACAAUGGUCACAUCUUAAUGAAACUAUUGCAACCGUGCGUCGACAUAUCUUACAGAAGAUGCGAACAGUGUUUCCUCAGAUUUCAAAGAUUGAUUUGUAUGUUGGUGGGGAACUGCUCUCUCCAGUUGACGAUAAAAGAUUGAUUGGAAAAUGCAAUUUCCCUGACCGUGUGAUAAUCACCGUAAGAAUCGGCCAUACAAAUUCGUCAAUGCCUUCGUCCCCAGACUCGUCAUCUGAUUCUUCUGGCUCCCCACCAGCACCUUCUGAUGGGCCAAAUAUCGAAACGGAGCGCUGUUUACCCGGUGUGAUCAUUGCAACGAAAACAAGAUACGUUGCGAACUUUUUGCGACUUGCUGAAUUUGCUAUUCAAUUCAGCAUACCCGAACUACGGGAAGAGGUCUGGUGCCUACUGGGAAUUAUCCCAACAGAUUCAUCAAUGAUUGACAACAUGAGAAAAGCAUGUUCCUACAAAACUGAGAAGGACAUUGCUCCUGACGCGCAGCUACUUCAAGCAUGUUUUAACUCCACUUCGUCAGCCCAAACUGUUUAUAAUCUUGAGAUUUUAUACUCGCUUUUGAUGCCAGCUGGACAACUAUUUCGGGAAAAGGUUUUGGACUUUCAGGUGGCGUUUUUUAAAAGCGGGGGCGUAAAAUGUGUUCUCAAUCUCCUAACAAAAAGCAAUUUCCUUGAACACGCUGACACCUGGACAAGAAGGUCGGCGUAUUUGACAUUGAUGAAGAUUGUGAAAUUUGCUUUGACUGCAGUUGCGUAUGCUAAAGUAUACAUGGUUGCUGAGGCGUUGAGACCUGAGAAUCAUUCAGAGAUUGCAACUGAAACACACAGUGCUGCAGUUGUAUUACAAGCUGCAUUACAAUGCAUUCCGCAUUAUAUAUUGGAAUUUGUGUUGAGAAAUUACGCCCUGUCUCUAAGUCACCAUAUUUCAGAAGAGAUAUCAGUUCUUGUUCCUGAUAUGAAAGUUGUCAAAGCAGUUCAAAAGAUUUCUUGGACAGCCGCAGGUGGAAUGAUGCAUUUACUGCAUUGCACUAAUGAAGAAAUACACAAAGCUUUUGAAAAGAUCGACGCAGCGAAUAAUUUCUUAGACUGUGAUGACAUUGAAACGUGUAAGGAAGCUGUUGAGGUAUUAACGUUAUGCCUCGCGAUACAUCCGAAACAUCUGGAAACUUUGAGUAAAGACAGAUCAUGGCAAAGUUUUAUCACAGAUUUAGUACUACUUUGCAGUCAUGGCUCACUAAGGUGGUACGUCGUAGAACAAUUCUUUCUUAUGGCAACCAGGUGUUCAGCUGGACACAGACCCUUGAUAUUUCUUAUUACUUUAUUAUUUUCUGUUUUAACGACAAUUGUGGAAGAUAAUCCUGGAACAAGUGGCGAAUAUUUCACUCUCCUUUCAAAGUUGUUAAAUUUUGCUCACACAAUCAAUGCCCCGUAUUCAACAGCGGAGAAGUUACUAGCAAAUGAGAUCCAGUGGUUAAAGAAAGCAAAGGAUCUGGUAAAAUCAACUGGAAAUAGCGAAGCUGUUGCAGGAUGUUUACUCGAAGGACAUCUACUUAUUACAAGAGAACUGUUGUUGUUCUUAAGUCCUACAAAAAAACAUCAUGUUGGUUGUCACUCCGGUGGUCCUUGUCUAGUUAAGGAACUGUUGGAUGAGUUUAUUUUCCCUGCAUCUAAAAUCGUUAUUGAGUCAAGAAAAUACGGAGAUGUUUGGGAUAAACCGGUCAUCGCUGUAUGUAAUACCUCACCAACUCUGGUUGCGGCGUUUGAGUUACUGGUUUCAUUGUGUGCUGGUUGUAUCGAAAACAUGCAGUAUGUUUCUAAUGCUCUCACAGAAUUGUAUUAUUCAGGAAAUGAUAUGCCACUCUUGGAAUGGGAAUAUACUCCUCCUAUUGGACCACGACCUAUGAGAGGUUUUGUUGGAUUGAAAAAUGCAGGAGCGACAUGCUACAUGAAUUCUGUCAUUCAACAAAUAUUUAUGAUACCCAAAGUUCGAGAAGGUAUCUUAAAUGUGAAAGAAACAUUAACACUUCAAGACGAGGAAUGUUUGAAUGAAGACGAGAAAGCUGAAAGUGAAAGUACCGCUGACACGGGAUAUCAUUCUGAAGAUUCUAAAGACAAUAAUGAGAAAGAUGAGAACAGAGAGAAAGAAGCAAAACUUAACUUAAAAUAUCAAACAUCGAUAUUGAAACAAUUGCAGUUUAUUUUCGGGCAUCUCAGUGAAAGUCAGCUGCAAUAUUACGUUCCGCAAGGCUUGUGGAAAACAUUCAAGUAUCAAGGUGAACCAGUAAACCUCCGUGAACAACACGACGCUUUAGAAUUUUUUAACAGUUUAAUUGACAUUUUGGAUGAAGGAUUGAAAGCAGUAGGUCACGAGCCUGUUCUUAUCCGCGUACUUGGAGGAACAUUCGCCGAUCAAAAGAUAUGUAAAGGUUGCCCUCACAGAUACUCCAAAGACGAUCCAUUUAUUGCACUUACCAUUGAUAUUCGUAAUCAUCAAAACCUCAUCGAAUCACUUGAUCAGUUUGUUAAAGGAGACCUCCUCGAGGGUGCCAAUGCUUAUCAUUGUGAUAAGUGUAACAAAAAGGUUGACACUGUAAAGCGAAUGUGUUUCAAAAAAUUGCCUAAAGUAUUAGCUAUCCAGCUCAAGAGAUUUGACUAUGACUGGGAAAGGGAUGUCGCUGUGAAAUUUAAUGACUACUUUGAAUUUCCAAGAGAGUUUGACAUGGAACCAUAUACCGUGGAAGGACUGGCAAGAAUUGAAAGUGAAACCGCGGCAGAAGACGAGAACGAUGUUGAUACUGAGAACAUUCCUGAUGACAACGGCAGAGAGCAUCCAAGUACAAAAUAUCGUUUAGUAGGAGUAGUCGUACAUAGUGGACAAGCAUCUGGAGGCCAUUAUUAUUCAUAUAUUAGAACUACGACUCAUGGGUAUACCAAUUGGUUUAAAUUUGAUGACGGAGAUGUUAGUGAUUGUAAAAUGGACGACGAUGAGGAAAUGAAAACACAGUGUUUCGGAGGUGAAUAUAUGGGCGAAGUAUUCGAUCACAUGAUGAAAAGAAUGUCAUAUCGACGUCAGAAAAGAUGGUGGAAUGCCUACAUUUUGUUUUAUGAAAGAAUGGAUGAUCCAGAUAACUACGGCAACGUCGCACUCACGAAAGAUUUGAAAAUUCCUCCUGUAAUUGAACAAGAAGUUAGGAAACAAAAUAUGGAAUUCUUACAUAAUAGAAUACAGUUUUCAAAUGAAUAUUUUGAAUUCAUUAGAAAACUAGUUACCGUAAACAUUAACAUUGACUCGGAGGAUAGCGAAGAUCUUGCUUUAAUCAGCAUAACAUUAUUAUCAAAAUUUCUUUUCACAUGCGGAUUACGUACAAAGAAAACGAUAAGAGGUCCUGCAGGAGAUUGGUAUGAGGCAUUAACUGGAUUAUUACGUCAGAGUAAAACUGUUCGUCUGUGGUUUGCUCAAAACGUUUUGUUUGCACAUCCAGAAAGAAUUUCAGAAUAUCUUUUAGAAUCACCAACAGCUGAGGUGCGUACGAUGUUUUCAAAAAUGCUGGUAUUCUUAUGUCGUGUGUCAAGAGCAGAUGGAGAAUGCGAUCCUCCGUACGUUUUGGAGGAAAAACAACUUGAUUUAGAUAAAGGCAUUUCAAGGACAAUUCUUAGUGAAUAUCUACUGCGUGCUGUACUGAAACUACUACAUAAAGAAGUGCCGGAAAAUGGACGAAAUUUACAUCAAUAUUUUUCCUUCUUUUGGACGUAUGCUAAUCUUGGACUUGCCGAGAAAAAACAGUUGUUAGAUCUGAAUGUACCAGCGUUAUUUAUUCAAGUGGCUCUGGAUGAAGGUCCAGGAUUAUCGAUUCGAUAUCAGUAUCCUGAACUGGGAAAACUUUAUGCAGUUGUUUCCGUUUUAAUUCGAUCAUGUGAUGUUUCCAGUAGAUGGCAAUCCUCCAAGGAGAACGGAGAACCCAUUGUCAUGAAGGACAUGGAAAUUAUUAUGAAGAUCCAAGAAAAUGUUGAUGAGCAAAUUUUUGAAAGAUCUAACUAUGUGAAGAAGUUAAUUGAAAAUCACACCGAGGCUGAAGAAACUGUGCAGCUGUUGAAGCAUUGUUGCUGGGAAAAUCCCCAUUUCUCGUGGUUAGUUUUAAAGGAAAUCUUAUUCCAGCUAUCUUGCUCCUACACGUAUGAAAUGAGACCUUUCGUUGAUCUAUUAUUGGAAAUGACACUUCUAAACGAUUCGUGGCAAAAACAUCGUGUCGUCAACAUUUUAAAAGGAAGUGAUGGAAAAGAAGGUUUAUUUGAUACAAUUCAGCGAUCAAAAAGCCAUUAUCAUAAACGUGUUUACCAAUGCAUCAAAUUUUUAGUGUCAUUAUUUAGCCAUUGCCAGAUGGCUUACCAAAUUGUGAUUGAUUCACCUGAUUUUAAGCCAAAAUGGACUGCUGCUGUUGAAUGGCUUAAUGAUGAACUUGAACGGAGACCUUUCGGUGCAUCGAACGCCUACCCGUACAACAAUUGGUCACCGCCAGCACAAUCGAAUGAAAGUUCGAAUGGGGUUUUUCUUGAACGCUCUCAAAGUGCAAGAUUAACUUUACAAAAAGCGUUUGAAUUUGUUCCGGAGGAGGAACAAGAAGAAACUGAAGUGGAAGAGGUGACAGAAAGUGAAGUAACUGAAGAGGAAACAUCACCGGAACGACAAUCUAACGUUGCUGCGAACCAAUCAAUAUCCAGUGUUUCUGGCCAAUCAAGUUCAACAUAUCCUCUGAGUACGGAUCAGUCAUUGGAUGAUGAUGAUCCAAGUUUAGAUGAUACAGAUAAACCAGAUAAUGAGGUAAACCAAGAAAAAUCCGAUUAAAUUAUUGAUAUGAUCAAACAUAGUGUUCAGAACCUGCUUCUCAACCUUCGGAUAUGAGUGGGUUGUAAUAAUACAUCGAGAAAGCUAAUUUCUCGUUGGAUCCAAAUCCAGACUGCACUCCGGCGCUGUAAUUCUUCGUACACAAUAGAUCUCUCUCGAGAGUGCAUAUGAGACAAUAGUAAUAGCUCGAAGAGCGUCAUUUUGCUUUCCAAAUUCAAGCUGUAGUUUUGUAUGUAUGUUUCGAGGUGUCUAUUAUUUUAAGAAUUUCAUUGUGUUACUAAAACUUGAUAUGUGAGGCCUUUCUUUUGUUGUGAUAUGCCUUCAAUUCACAAAAUGCCCACAAGAGAUUAAAUAGAGGAUAAACAACUUUGUUUUUGAACAACCGUCAAAUAUCGUCCACAUUAUAGUUUGCAUUAUAUUUUAAAUGUGUCUGUUUAUACAAUAGAAAUAAAAUGAUCAUUUUAUAUGUUC